AUGGCUGCGGUAUCAACACGAUUUGCCCCUCUGCCACUGACACCGUGUCAAUCAUCCCACAAAGCCUUCACUUCCUACACCGGCUUCGAAGAGCCCGAAACUUACUCUCUGGAUGACUUCGUUCGCGACGUCAAAGCUCACUUAGGAGAGGAGGGCGGCAUUGGCUGCGAUGACAUCGACGAGGACUACCUCAUUUCCCUGGCCAAGAAAUACACAUCAAACCCUAACGACUGGGCACGGUAUUAUCACAACUGUCCAGAGAAGAGUUACACACGUAAUGCAAUUGUAAACAUCAAUCAAAAAGCCAAUAUCCUCUUAUUAGUCUGGAACCCAGGAAAGGGAUCUCCAAUUCACGACCACGCCAAUGCCCACUGUAUUCUAAAGGUCCUGGCGGGCGAGUUGACGGAAACUAUUUACAACAUGCCCGAGAAGGGUUGCGAAGAACGUCCUCUGUCAAUCAAGAGCGCCAACACCCACCAAGCCGAUCAAGUCACAUACAUCUCAGACGACAUUGGCCUUCACCGAGUGCAUAACCCUCACCCUACCCAAGUGGCCGUUUCUUUGCACAUAUACACUCCGCCAAAUGCUGCUGAUAUCGGUUAUAAUGUCUUCGACGAGUCAACGGGUCGAGCAAGCUUCAUGGCAAAAGCCGAAGCUCGCUAA